CUGGCCAGAGACUUGCUACACCCCUCCUUUGAGGAGGAAAAGAAGCAUAAAAAGAAACAGCUGGUCCAGAGCCCAAACUCUUACUUUAUGGAUGUAAAAUCUCUAGGUUGGUAUAAGAUCACCACAGUGUUCAGCCAUGCCCCCCAGAUGAUGGGUCUCUGUGUGGGUUGCUCCACUAUGCUGUGUCAGCCCACGGGAAGGAAGGCCCAGCUCACAGAAGGCUGUUCCUUUAGAAUAAAGCAACAAUAA